UGAGCAGACGAAACAACAGAAACAAGCAACAAACGUUUAAAAAUUGUCCUCAAUUAAAUUUGGUACUGUUUAUAAUUUUUUCAAUAAAACUCAAACUCCACACUGCUCUUUUUACCAAUGAACUUUUGUACGUCUUUGAAAAUCAUCAAACUGUGUGGUCUCUUUCGAAAUAAAGGGCUACAAGUUGCCGACAAUGCUCUUACUUGUUUAUAUAGCAGUCGUCGGACACCCGAUGUUUCUCAUAUUCCAGAACUAAAUGAGCCUCCUUUAAAGAAAUACUAUGAGGCCUACUAUCAGAAAGAUAAAGGUAGAGUUCAUGAUAAAAAGCCUUUUAAGGUUAAAUGUACAAAAGGAAAAAUUUAUUAUUGGUGCGUAUGUGGAUGGAGUCAUGAUCAGCCAAUGUGUGAUGGGAAAUGCGUUUUACCCGAAAUGAAAAUCAAACUGAAGCCCGUAACGUUCAAACCCAAAGAAACGAGGGAGUACUGGUUUUGCAACUGCAAGCAAACCAAGAAUAGGCCUUUCUGUGAUGGAUCUCAUCUGUCAGAGGGAAGUACAAAAUGCUCAUUCUGUAAUUAGGAGAUAGUAUGAAAAAAUUUCGUUGUAAUAAUUUUGUUGUAGUUUCAUAAUGUGCAUAAAUAAAAAUAUCUGUCA